GUCUUUCUUUCGGCUUUUACAUUUUCUUCCUAGCCAAAUGGUUUUCUUGAUUUUUCCUUGGAAGGUUAGAGAAGAUGAUUAUAUGAAGAAUUCUCUUGGCCUUUUGUUCCUGCUAGUCUCCAUCAUUCAUAUUGUUCGAGCUCAAGACCAACAAGGAUUCAUCAGUUUGGAUUGCGGACUCCCUGCGAAUGAACUGUCUCCUUAUGAAGAGAGUUUCACUGGACUGCGGUUCUCUUCGGAUGAAAAGUUCAUACGUAGUGGAAAAAACGGUCGAAUCCGAGAAAAUCCUCAGGGAUACGCUAAGCCGUACGCUGAGAUAUUUUCCAGAUGGAAUAAGGAACUGCUACAAUCUAAACGUUGAGAAGGGCAGGACACAUUUGAUUGUGGCUAGGUUUGUAUAUGGAAAUUAUGAUGGUUUUGACCUUAAGCCAAAGUUUGAUCUGUAUCUUGGACCUAAUCUAUGGGCCACGGUGGAUUUGCAAACAGAAGUUAAUGACUGGGGAAACUAUACCGCUAAUAUCGGCUUUGGAAUUAUGGGAAAUGGUUCUUAUAUCACUAAGUCUGGUUCCUUGAAUCUUUUAUCACGAACAUAUCUUAGCAAGUCAGGAUCUGAUCUACGCUACAUGAAAGAUGUAUAUGAUCGCACAUGGGUAUCAUAUGGAGCCAGUUUUCGGACGGGAUGGACCCAGAUUUAUACCGCUCUUGAAGUGAACAAUUCCAACAAUUAUGCUCCACCGAAAGAUGCGCUAAGAAAUGCUGCCACACCGACUAAUGCCAGUGCACCAUUGACGAUUGAAUGGCCUUCAGGAAGUCCCAGUCAGGAAGUCCCAGGGACCAAUAUUACUUUUUUUUCUGACCCUAUCAUUCCUAAGAAACUUGACAUAACUAGUGUCCAAAGUGUGACCCCAAAAACUUGCCAAGAAGGGAAAUGUAGUUUGCAGCUAACAAGAACCAACCGAUCAACUCUUCCACCUCUACUUAACGCUUUGGAAAUCUAUGCAGUCAUCCAGUUCCCGCAAUCCGAAACAAAUGAAAUUGACGUGAUUGCUAUAAAAAAGAUUGAAGCCAUGUACGAAUCGAGUAGAAUCAACUGGCAAGGCGAUCCAUGUGUCCCUCAACAUUUUAUCUGGGAUGGUUUAAAUUGCAGCAAUACGGAUAUCUCCACACCACCAAGAAUUACUUCUUUAAACUUGUCUUCAAGUGGUUUAACUGGAAACAUAGCUGCUGCCAUUCAAAACCUUACGCAACUAGAAAAACUGGACUUGUCGAAUAACAACUUGACUGGAGGGGUGCCGGAGUUUCUAGGCAACAUGAAAUCGUUGUCCUUCAUUGGGAACAAUCUUAGUGGUUCAAUACCUCAAACUCUUCAAAAGAAGAGACUAGAACUAUUUGUUGAAGGAAACCCAAGGCUCUGUCUCUCUGAUUCAUGUAGGAAACCACCUAAGAAGAAAAUUCAUGUGGCAAUUGUUGCAUCAGUUGCUUCUGCUGCCAUUGUCGUUGCUGUAUUGAUUCUUUUUCUUAUACUCAGAAAGAGAAAGUCAACUAUUGUACAAGGUCAACACCUGCCACCGAGCACAUCAACUGUAGAUGUUACAUUUGCUAAUAAGAAAAGCAAAAGGUUCACAUAUUUAGAGGUCAUCAAAAUGACAAACAACUUCCAAAGAGUCUUAGGUAAAGGAGGGUUCGGCAUGGUGUAUCAUGGUACUGUAAAGGGUUCUGAUCAGGUGGCCGUUAAAGUACUCUCUCAAUCGUCAACUCAAGGGUAUAAACAAUUCAAAGCAGAGGCCCUUAUCUAUGAGUUUCUUCCCAAUGGAGACCUAAAACAACAUUUGUCAGGAAAAGGAGGUAAAUCCAUCAUCAACUGGAGUAUUCGUCUACAAAUAGCCUUGAACGCAGCACUAGGAUUGGAGUACUUACAUAUUGGAUGCAUACCGCCAAUGGUUCAUAGAGAUGUCAAAACUGCCAACAUAUUGCUAGAUGAGAAUUUCAAGGCCAAACUCGCUGAUUUUGGUCUCUCAAGAUCUUUCCAAGUUAGAGGUGAGUCCUAUGAUUCGACAUUCGUUGCUGGUACUCCUGGAUACCUUGAUCCCGAAUAUUACCCUACAAGUCGGUUAGCUGCGAAGAGUGAUGUCUACAGUUAUGGGAUCGUGUUAUUGGAGAUGAUCACAAACCAGCCCGUGAUCUCUGAAAAGUACCACAUAACAGAAUGGGUUGGCUCUAAGCUUAACCGAGGUGAUAUUAUUGAGAUCAUGGAUCCAAACCUUGGCGGGGUUUAUGACUCUAAUUCUGCGUGGAGAGCACUUGAGCUGGCAAUGUCAUGCGCAGACCCUUCUUCCUCGAAACGACCAACCAUGUCUCAGGUAAUCAACGAGCUAAAAGAGUGUCUUGUGUGUGAAAACUCGAGGAUGAGCAAGACUCGAGGCAUGGAAUAUCAAGAAAUGAAUAUUAGCUUGGAUACUUCGGUGGUUCCUGGAGCAAGAUACCCAAUGGGCCAAACAAGCGUCUGUGAAUGGCGGCAAUUUCUUAACGCGAAUCAAUCGUCGAUCGCUGGAGAAAAGGUCUCACCGCCGGGAACUGCUGAUGAUGAAGAAGCGCUCUUUUUCUCGCUCGACGGGAUCUUUCGCCGUCGUAAACCACCGGAGAUUAUCAUUCUCAGUCGCCGACUCGCCGAAGCCUGCUGA